AUGGAAGAGUCGAGCGCGGCUGCCAUCGCGCGCGGUCCGCACAAGAGCAGGAGCAGCUGCUUCGACGAGCAGCGCGCAUUGCAGCAGUCACCACGAUCGCGCCCCAGUUCGCCCUCGGGAGCCGACGGUCGGAACCGUUUUGCGGAGCGUUCCCAAGCCGGCCGCGCCAACCCGUCAGCUGCUGACGCUGCGGUGGUUGGUACGGUUCGCAGCAGCAGCUUGACGCCGCUGCAGGCAGCCGCUGCACGCGGGCAUGACGGUGCUGCCGAUGCCGACGCUGCCCGAGCAAAGCACCGCAGGGACACAAGCAACACCACGAAGCGGAGCCAACACCCCAAUAGCACUAGUGGUGGCACCCCGGUCAGCAGGCAGACCAAACAGAGCAGCAGAGAUCGUAGCAAUGCCGCUGGGAAAUCUCCCCGCAGCAAGCAUUCGAAUGCGUCUCGUCAGACGACUCCGGAAAAGCCCCCCAAAACGCCAAAGCGUCAAUUCGUGCACGAGUAUACGCUUCCGACUGAAUACGAUUAUCUGAACGAUGCAGCCGCGCCAUCACCAGUAAUAGGUAGAGGAAAUCAGCGGAGGUUGUGGCAGUCACCGUCCAUUGAAGAAGAAUUUGGACCGCCCAGUCGCGGAAUUUUCGAGCAUGAGGACAACUUGAGUGAGCUGAGCGCCGUGCCUCCAGUCGUACCGAAAAGUCGAGACAGAACGCCAAAAUCGCGACACAACAGACCGAGUGGACACAGACAGGACAGUCAGGGAGGCUCUUACGGUUCAAGCUCGAGCGGAAAUAUCACGAGGCCACCGACCAAGUCAACGGCGGCACCGCAGCCGAGGCGCGCGUCAAGGUUUGCGACGCAGCUAUAUACGGUGUCUUAUCUGAUACUGUUUGCUAUUCUCGGGACUCUAGCUCGUCUAGGUGUUCAAUGGCUUACUUUCUACCCAGGGGCCCCGGUAAUCUUCAGCGAGCUUUGGGCCAACGUCGGAGGCUCGUUGAUCUUGGGGUUUUUGGCUGAAGACCGCAACCUGUUCCGUGCAGAAUGGGGGACACCCGCAUUCUUCCCCGCUACAAAAUCUCGUGGGGGCGACGAAGAAAUGGCGAAGAUGCUGAGCGAAGCAAAGGCCGCGCACGGCAGGGUCAAGAAAACCAUCCCACUGUACAUUGGCCUCGCGACAGGCUUCUGCGGCUCUUUCACCUCCUACUCAUCAUUCAUGCGUGACGUCUUCCUCGCACUCUCCAACGACCUGCCCGCGCCGUUCAACCACCCCACACCCCCCGGCGCCACCCGUCCCGGCUACAGCACGACCGUCUCACGCAACGGCGGCUACAGCUUCAUGGCCGUCGUCGCCGUCGUCGCCACCACCGUCGGCCUCUGCCUCUCCGCCUACACCUUCGGCGCACACCUCGCCCUGGCGCUCGAAUCCAUCACGCCAACCCUCCCCUUCCGCUUCACCCGCCGCGUCCUCGACCGCGCCGUCGUCCCCAUCGCCUGGCUCGCCUGGCUCGGCGCCAUCUUCAUGGCCAUCUGGCCACCCGAUCGCCCCAUGGGCGCCGCUGCCGGCAGCAGCAGUGGCAGCAGUGGCAGUUGGGCCGACGAGACGUGGCGCGGCCAGGCGCUGUUCGCGUGCGUCUUCGCGCCGCCCGGCUGCCUGCUGCGCUUCUACGCCAGCAUCAAGCUCAACGGCUUCAUCCCGUCUUUCCCGCUCGGCACCUUCGCCGUCAACGUCUUCGGCACGGCCGUGUUGGGCAUGGCGUUCGAUUUGCAGCACGUCCCGCUUGAUAGCAGCAACAGCGGCGGCGGCGGCGGCGGCGGCGGUGUGGCGAUGACUAGUAUGGUGGGCGGUGGCCGCUUGGGCUGUCAGGUCCUAGAGGGCGUGAUGGAUGGGUUUUGCGGUUGCUUGACGACGGUCUCGACGUGGGUGGCGGAGUUGAGGACGUUGGCGAGGCUGAGGCAGGCGUAUGCGUACGGGAUUGCGAGCGUGGCUGUGGGGCUGGCGGUGUUGGUCGUGGUUGUGGGGAGUGUGAGGUGGACGAUUGGGUUUAGUGCGGUGGCGUGCGCGACGACGAGGUGGGGGUGA